AUGGAUUCCCAGAACAAAGACAGAUACGAGAUCCACGAAGCCGCCCGAGAGGGCAAAACAAGCGUAGUGGAGUCGCUUCUCAAUGCCAACCCGCGCCUCUCCUCCCGCCGCGACGAAGAUGACCGACUGCCACUCCACUGGGCCGUCUCCUACAACCGGCCCGAAAUCGUGCAGCUACUCAUGCAGAGCAAGAACUUUGACGUAGACGCGCAAGACGGCCUAGGCUGGACGCCCCUAAUGAUGGCCUCCUCCCUCAGAGCCGGCGACGGCGACGCCCUGAUCGACACGCUCCUCUCCGCGGGCGCAGACGUCAACGCCAAGAACAACAACGGGCAGACCGCGCUCCACUUCGCGGCGUCCAAGAACAACAUCGAUACGGCGCGCAAGCUGACCGCGCACAAGGCCUCCGCGCGGGUGAAGGACAAGCGCGGCCAGCUGGCGCUGCAUCGCGCCGCGGCGGUCGGGAGCGUGCCAAUGAUGAAGCUGCUGCUGGAGAAUAAGAGUCCGGUUAAUGCGACGGAUGUGGAUGGGAUGACGGCGUUGCAUCAUGCCAUUUCGGAGGGUCACGGUGACGCGGCGAUGAUGCUGCUCAAGGCUGGUGCGGAGACGGACAAGAGAGAUACGGAUGGACAUCUGGCAAUACAGCUGGCACCGGAUGCCAAGAUCAGAGACUUUAUCCUCCAGAGCGCUGAGCGAGAAGGUAUAGAUCUGGAACAGUAG